CACUCUGACACACACACACACACACACACACACACACACACACUCUCUCAGGGAGCUGCUGAGGUGGAGCUCAGUGUUUUUCUGCAGCUGAAAAAGUUCCUGCACUUUGAGGAGUUUUCGGUCGGACUGAGGACAGAGUCGUCAUGGUGACCACUGAGACCCACCAGAGCCAGGACCUCCUGGUCCCCCAACAGAACCAGGACCAGCAGGACCAGUUUGUCCAGCAGGACCUGCAGGAGGAGGACCAGGUCUCCCCCUCGUCCCCCCUGGCGGGGUUCGACCCCGAGUCGAUGGGUCACGGUCCCGUCAACGCCAUCACCGUCCUCACACUGCUGGACAAACUGGUCAACAUGCUGGACGCCGUGCAGGAGAACCAGAACAAGAUGGAGGUUCACCAGGUGGAGAUGGAGGGCGUGGUCAGAGGGAUCCAGGCUGACAUGACCAAACUGUCCAAAAGCCACAGCCACACCUCCAACACCGUCAGCAAGCUGCUGGACAAGAGCCGCAAACUGUCCGUCACCAUGAAGGAGGUGCGUGACAGGAUGGAGCGUCAGGGUGUCCAGGUGAAGAAGCUGGAGGCAAACCAUGCCCACCUGAUCAGCAGGAACAACUUCAAAGUUCUCAUCUUCCAGGAGGAGAAUGAGAUCCCCUCCACUGUUUUUGUGAAGGAUCCUCCUCCGUUCCCUCGUGAUGAGAUUUUGGAAGAAGGUGAUGAAUCGGCAGCGGGCGUCGAAGGCAACCAAUCCCAGGAGGGCGGGCUCCAUACCAUUGACCUAUCAUCUGAUGAGGACGUUGGGUUGGAGGCGGAGUUAGAGGAUGAGGAGAUGUGGCCUCACGAUCUGGAGAACAUGGAGAAGUCCAGAGCCGAGAAACUGAAACGUUCCAGUCUGAAGAAGGUUGACAGUCUGAAGAAGGCGUUCUCCAGGCAGAACAUUGAGAAGAAGAUGACAAAGAUCGGAACAAAGAUUGUUUCUCAGGAACAACGAGAGAAGAUCAAACAGAGAACCUCCAGUCUGAAGGUUUCACCUCUGACCUUCAGCAUCAGGAAGCCUCGCAGCAGCUCCGACUCACAGCCCCCCGAGGCUUCCCCUCAGGCGGGGGAGUCUGUCUUCACAGAGGCCGACGUCCAGCUCUCCCCGCUGGACAGCACCAACCAGGAGGUCCCCUUCACCGAGGUCCAUGCCCAGCUGGCUCCAGCUGAGCAUGAGGAGAAAGAGGAAGAGGAGGAGGUAAAAGAGGAAGAGGAGGAGGUGAAAGAGGAAGAGGAGAAGGAAGGCGAGGAGGUGUCAGGUGUGGAGGCGGAUCUGUCGGUGGUUUCGGAGGGAGUCAGUCAGGAGUACACUUUGUCUGCCACCCUGCCUCAGGAGGAGAAAGAGGAGGAGUCCUAAACACUCGGAUCUCUAAAGGAACAGUUCGGCCUUUAUAUAAAAGUGGAACUGUUCCUUUAAAGUUCAGAGCCGUUUAAGUAUUUCUGUUAUUGAUAAAGUUCCACACACACACGUUCCUUCCACAUAUCUAAUCAUCUGUGCUGAUAUUUCAUGUCUCUAUAUGUGAACCUUAGAACCUCGGUUCUCCAACAUUUGAACUUUUCAGGAACUAAAAAGCAAAAACAUGCUUUCUGUUUUGUAAAGUUUCGAAUGAAGUCGGAGAAUUUAAACGUUCAUUUCUUCAACUGAUCUGAAAACCUGAAAAAUGAGAACACUUAAAUUUGGAGAUCCCCGGUUCUUUAGUUGUAGUUUUUUUUUUCUCUUUUUGUUUUUGUUCUAAACAGCUGACUGAUAGAAACACUAAUAAUCUGCUGAUCAAUAACAUUAAUGUAAAAUUUCCAUUGGUGGGACCCAAUGAGUUAGAACCUGGCAAGGUUCUCACAAACACACAGAACUCAGGGAUCACUAAGGUAAACAUGGUGCUGAACAGAUCCCUGAAUACAAAAUGUCCCUCCAGUGUUCCACGAAUCAUCCCCAAACUGUCUACAUUUAUACUUGCCUAGUGGUGCCUCAUUAGUUCUACCACUGUUUCCUAAACAUUCCUCCAAGGUUCCUUAAAUGUUGCCCUAACAUUUUCCAAAGGAUCCUUUAUGGUUUCACUGAAGUGCCUCUAAGGUUCUACUGUGUUUGGCAAAAGUUCCCCAACAGUUCCCAUAAAGCUUUUGUUGAGUUCUACUUAAGUUUCGCAAACAUAGCCGAAAGAGUCCCAUAAAGUCCGUCCGAGGUUCCUCAAAGGUUACCUUAAAAUUUCCCGAAGGAUCCCUUAUGGUUACACAAAAGUAUUUCUGAGGUUCUGCUAUGGUUGGCCAAGGUUCUCCAAGAGUUCCUGUGAAAUUUUUAUGAGGUUAAGUUCCUUUAAUAUAGCCGUAAGAUUCCCAUUAAGUUCCCCAGAGGUUCCUCAAAUGUUUCCUUAAAAUUUUCAUAUGGAUCCCUUAUGUUUACACUAAAGUACCUCUAAGGGUCUAGGAUGUUUGGCCAAGGUUUCCCAAGAGUUUCCAUAAUAUUUUUUUUGUGUGGUCUACUUAAUUUCCUCUAACAUAACCUUAAGAAUCUCAUAGAGUUCCCCAGAGGUUCCUCAAAGGUUACCUUAAAGUUUUUUUUUUCAAAAGAUACCUCUAAGGUUCUACUGUUCUUGGCCCAGGUUCCCCAAGAGUUCCCAUAACGUUUGUGUGAGGUUCUACAAAAGUCCCCUUAACAUAGCUGUAACAUUCCCAUAAAGUUCUUCUAAGGUUCCUCAAAUGCUGCCUUCAAAUUUCCCAAAGGAUUCCCUGUGGUUACAGUAAAGCACUUCUAGGGUUCCUCCUUGGUUGGUUCCUCCAGCGUCGUUCUACCCAAGGUCUCACAAAGACUCCCCCGGGGUUCCUACAAGGUUCCUCAAACAUUCCACUUGGGUUCCCCUCAAAGGUUCCCUCAAGUUUCCACUGAGGUCCCAUCAAGGUUCCCCCAACAUUUUCCAAAUGUUCUCCUGUCAUUCCUGUCUGUUAUCUGUUACUGAAGAACUCUGAAAUGUUUUGCUUUCCACUGAUCAAUAAGUUGAUCAGUUUCCUGCAGUGUGUGCGUGUGUGUGUGUGUGUUGAUAUCUACACUGAUUAAUAACCAGCCUGUUGAUUGAUUAUCUGUUUACUAACGACACAAAGUAUUAUUAACUGUAACAGUGACAGAACCACUGAUCAACAGACCUGAUCAAACAGAUUGAUCCGUUGCAUAUCGAUUGGAAACAGCCACAGAGUUAGAGACCGACUGUUUGUUCUGUUUGUUGUUUUCAGGUUUACAGUCACUGUUGUUCUUUUAUUUACCGUUAAUGAAACUUCCUGCUGCCAAAGAACAUUUCCUGUUUGACUUCCUGUCAGACUGUCAGUCGUCCCCCAGGUGUGCCAGAACCACCUGAACUGUGUAAUCAAUAAAAACCGUGUAACCGCC